CGGGCCCGCCUCCUCUCCCGACGUACGUGCCGGGCCGCCAGCGCCGAGCCUGCCGCCCACCUCCCGCCUCUCUUCCUCCCUCAGCGCCGCCCCAUCCCGAAGAGGCGUGUGGGUGCAUCGGCGUGUGCCCCUGCUUCAACUCGCCUGCAUUCACCCGCCGCAGGACUGUCCCUGGAGGAGAUGGCAGCGGAGGAGGCUGCGGAGGCCGCGCUGGCGCAGCUGUCUCCUGAGCAGAGGCAGCCAGGGCGGGAGAACGAUGAGGAGGAGAAUCCCGAAGGCGGCAACGGCGAGACUGCAGCGCUUAAUGGUGUGGUUGUCUCUGAAAAAGUGGAAAACAACAACCUGGAUGUGAAAGAGCCAGAACUGGAAACUGAGGAAAAAGGAACAAGGGAAGAACCCACAAAGGAAUCUGAUAGCAACAUUCUGGAUGUCUCAUCUAGUUAUCCAAGAGAGAAGCAUAUUUCAAUUCAAAGAGAUUUUGCUGAGCUAGAGAAACUAGCUAAUCUGAAAGAAGAUGAAAAGAAGCCUUGUCCAUUGUGUUCUGAGGAGAAAUACAAAGCUUGCUAUAGCCAUAAGCUCCAUCGGCACCUUCUGAAUUUUCACUGGAAAGUUUCUGUUGAAUUUGAAGGGUACAGAAUGUGCAUCUGUUACUUGCCCUGUCAUCCAGUAAAACCAAACCUCAUUGGAGACCAGACAUUUUCAAAGAUGGGAGCCCAUUACCAUUGUAUCAUCUGCUCAGCAACUAUCACACGAAGAACUGACAUGAUCAGUCAUAUUAAUCGUCAUGUGAAUAAAGGAGAAACUGAGUCAAGGUUUAUUACAGUUCCUGCUCCCAAGAAUUCUCAUCAAGUUCUGAAAGAAUCAGCCACAGACAUACGAGUUCUUCCUAACUACUCCACACCCCAGAAAACAGAUUCCUAUUUUAAUCCUAAAAUGAAACUCAACAGGCAAUUGAUCUUCUCUGCCCUGGCCGUCCUAGCUAAGGAACGUACACCCAUAGAAUGCUUGGAUGCUUUUGGUGCUACUGGUAUCAUGGGACUGCAAUGGGCAAAGCAUCUUCGAAGCUCUGUGAGAGUUACCAUUAAUGACUGCAAUGAAAACUCUGUGGCAAUGAUCCAGGAAAACUGCCAUUUAAACAAAAUGAAGGUGAAGCUGAACACCAAGGAAGAUGACAAUGAUGAAGCCAUGAGAGAUGGAGAAGACAACACUGACACCAUUGAGGUGACAAAAAUGGAUGCCAACGUCAUAAUGCAUUUGAGAUCUUUUGAUUUUAUCCAUUUGGACCCCUUUGGAACUACUGUGAAUUACCUGGAUUCUGCCUUUAGAAAUGUGAGGAACCUUGGCAUUGUGUCACUGACUUCCACAGACAUCAGUUCUCUGUAUUCAAAGGCCCAACACGUCGCCCUGCGCCAUUACGGCUGUAAUAUCGUCAGGACAGAGUACUACAAGGAGCUGGCAGCCAGGAUAGUGAUUGCUGCUGUUGCAAGAGCUGCAGCUCGCUGCAACAAAGGCAUCGAAGUGUUACUGGCCGUAGCUCUGGAACAUUUUGUUCUAGUAGUGGUGAGAGUUUUAAGGGGCCCAUCCUCUGCAGAUGAUUCUGCACAGAAAAUCAGAUACCUCAUCCACUGCCAGUGGUGUGAAGAGAGAACUUUUCAGAAAGAGGGCAAUAUGCUAGAAGAAAACCCCUAUCAGCAGCUGCCUUGUGAUUGUCACGGCAGUAUGCCUGGGAAGACUGCAGUAGUUCUUGGUCCUCUCUGGUCAGGAGCCCUCUUCAACGCUGGGUUCCUCAGAAGAAUGUAUUUUGAGUCUGCUCAGUAUGGUUUGGAUGAAACUCAGUCGCUUUUGAAGACGUUAGUUUGUGAAGCCGAGUGCACAACUUUAAAACAUUAUUCUAUCCAUACUUCUUGUGAGGAGACCAAACAAGAGGAGUGUGGCGUAUAUAUUAAAACACCAAAUACUUCUCCAGAAUCCUUGGUACACAGAAAAAGGAAAAGUGACGAAGUGACCCGAAACACGAACAAGCGACAGAAAGCUGAGAACAGUGCUGAGCACCCUGCGUUUUACUACAACAUCCACAGACACAGUAUUAAAGGAAUGAACAUGCCAAAGUUAAAUAGGUUUUUGAACUAUUUGUCUGAAGCUGGCUACAGAGUGAGCAGAACCCACUUUGACCCGAUGGGGGUCCGCACAAAUGCACCCCUGGCACAGUUUAAGACAGUUCUGCUCAAGUACAGCACUCCCACCUAUGGAGGUGGGCAGGCGGAGGAUGCUGAGGUGCUGGAGGAGGAUCGAUCCGUAACUGCGGCCAUUGUGUUCACAAAAGACUGCCCUCCUCACUGUGCAGCUGAUUAAUGCCAGUUCCUUGCUUGGUAGAUCAGGAGGUGGCAGAAUUGCAAACACAGCCUGUUAAGUAAGCCAGUAUUUCUUUCCAGACUGGAUUUUGACAGUUUGAGUUGCCUGUUCUUUUAAUUUGAAAAGACCUCUUAGGAUUACGUAGAGCUUACCCCAGAUCACAGUGUGUGUGGUCCAAGGUACUGUUACUUUGAGAGGGUCUCCGAGACAGUUACUUGGUUUUAGGCUCACAUCCACCUUCGCAACAAGGCAUUGUGGCUGCUCCUCAGUCUCUGUCAAAGCCUUUCUGCUGGCACAGAACCAAGGGGGUGGAUGGGGUCAGAAGCCUUUACACGUUUCUGAUCAUGAGGUUACUACGAAAUGGAGUAUUCCUAAAAUGAAUCAUUCCUAAAACCUGGCUGCUAACAAUCUGGGGGGAGGUCAUGUUAAGAUGAUAAAAUGGCACAGGAUAAAGUUUGAUCCGAACUUAAGCAAGUCAGAAAGUCCUGACUUUGCUCUCCCAGCUCCAGACUCCACAUGUGAUUGGGCAUUUGGGUCAGUUUUCAUACUGCUGCCUGCAAGCAAGGACCUCACACAAGUGGGAGUGGAAAACAAAAUUAUUCCAGGACUGUUGCUGAAACUUCAGUUCAUAAGUAAACCUUAGUGAGUUGUGUUAGUCACUCUAGGUAGUUUGUUCAGAAGUUACAUUUGGUUGUGCACUGCAGAGAGGUUCAGUGACAAGACACCACAGGUUGAAGCUGUGGACGAAGUUUUCCUCUGAAUUCAUCAGCAAUACCUUUGUAGCUGUUGAAAAGAUCUCUUCUGUCAGCUAGCAAAGACACUGCACUGGUAUUGGGUUCUGGUUUCCUCAAAUACAUGGCAGCACUCCAGCCAAAUAUGCUUGACUUUGUUCUUUCUUUUGCCCAAACUUUGUUCAGAUACUUCUGUGCAUUUCAUCUGAAUUGGAAACAACAAUCACAGCUGAACUACUUCCAGCUUUUCACAGGUGUCUAACCUGCCCCCCCAGUGUUAGGUUUAUCUAGGAGCUAAAUCACGUCUAUCAGCACCACAGCUGUCUUUUAAACACCUGCAUGCAUGGGAAUUCAACCACCUCCCUGGGGAGCGUCUUCCAGUGUUUGAGAACCCUUUCAGUGAAGAAGUUUCUUCUAAUGUCCAACCUAAACACAUGGUGCAACUUGAGGCCAUUUCCUCUUGUGUCACUUAGUACCUGGAAGAAGAAACCAACUCCAGCCUCCUUUCAGGGAGUUGUAGAGAGCCAGG